CUCACUCUCACAAUUUCAGAGAAGCACAAACACGCUUCUCUAUAAUUCCAAAUUGCUCUAAUAAGCCACAAAGUUUUUGCCUUUAUUCCUCUUUUACCGCUGGGAAAGUUGAUGAUUUUUGUUGAGGUGAUAUUGCAAUGGUUGGGAAGGAUAAUCUGAGGACUGAGGAUUUGAACUUGUGCUUUGAGAAUCUUAUGAUGGUUGCUGGUGGUGGGAAAGGAGGGUACAUGAAGGCUGGUGUUAUCACUGAAUGGAAGGAUAUUCCUGUGGAGCUUUUGAUGCAAAUUCUUUCCCUUGUGGAUGAUCAGACGGUGAUUAAAGCUUCUGGUGUUUGUCGUGGUUGGAGAGAUUCUAUUUUCUUUGGCCUUGCUCGUUUAUCACUCUCAUGGUGUAGCAAGAACAUGAACAACUUGGUCCUAUCUCUUGUUCCUAAGUUUGCAAAAUUGCAAACUCUAAUCCUUCGUCAAGAUAAGCCUCAACUAGACGAUAAUGCUGUAGGGACUAUUUCAAAUUUCUGCCAUGAACUGCAGAUUCUAGACCUCAGUAAAAGCUUCAAGCUCACUGAUAGGUCACUGUAUGCAAUAGCGCAUGGUUGUCACGAUCUUACAAAACUUAACAUCAGUGGAUGUUCAGCAUUUAGUGAUAAUGCUCUGACUUACCUUGCCGGUUUCUGUAGAAAACUCAAAGUUCUUAAUCUCUGUGGAUGUGUUAGAGCAGCAUCUGAUACUGCACUACAGGCUAUUGGACACUACUGCAAUCAGUUGCAGUCUCUGAACCUUGGAUGGUGUGAUAAAGUUGGUGAUGUUGGAGUGAUGAGUUUGGCUUAUGGCUGUCCUGAUCUUAGAACAGUUGACUUGUGUGGCUGUGUCCAUAUAACAGAUGAAAGUGUGAUUGCUUUGGCAAACAGAUGCCCCCACCUGAGGUCCCUUGGACUGUACUUCUGUAAGAACAUAACAGACAAGGCAAUGUAUUCCUUGGCACAAAGCAAAGUGAAAAACAGGAUGUGGGGAUCAGUGAAAGGAGGAAAUGAAGAAGAUGGCUUAAGGACAUUGAACAUUAGCCAAUGCACCGCACUCACUCCUUCUGCUGUUCAGGCAGUUUGUGACUCAUCCCCUGCUCUCCACACAUGCUCAGGAAGGCACUCACUCAUCAUGAGUGGCUGUCUCAAUUUGACUUCUGUUCAUUGUGCUUGUGCUGUUCAUGCACACCGUGCUAUCACCAAUUUCCUUCAUCCUGCUCAUUAAAACAACGUGAACUUCGAGGAAGUGCCCUUCAAGGGCUCAGAGAAGUGAUGAUGGUGUUAUUGUUCUCUUCUCAUCUUCAUGGUGUAGAUACGUUUAUGUUAAGCUAUGUUGGAGACUUUAGCUACAAAUGAACAGACUUUAGUUGUUGUUGUGUUUCAAACUUUUUGUUUUAAUCCCUUAUUUAAGAUAUUUUGGAUCUAAAAACUAUCUUGUUCUUGGUUAUUAUCUGUAUAAAUUUAUUGGACUUCUAAAUGUGUAUGAUUUUUGGAAGAAUAUGCACAUUAUGUAUCUGUCUGAUUCAAACUAUGAUGGGGUUGGCUUU